GUGUCCCAAGGUGGACGUUCCAUCAGGGGCAAAUGUUCGUGUUUAUACAUUUUUUCCCAGUCUUACUUUAAUAUUGACACAUUAUUUAUUCCAAACUGAAACACAAACUGGUAUUGCUGUUUAGAUUUAGGAUAAUAAAGUGUUUUGUACAUGAAACAAACACGCUGAGCAACGUCUAGAUCACAGGUAUCGUAGUGCGAGGUUGCAAGUAAAGAGAUUUGGAAAACCAUUGAUCAUCGCUGCGUCGGAUGUCAGGGAGAUUCUCUCCCGUUAGACUGAAAGCAUGCCGCGUGUUAUAGAAAUCGUAAAGAUAGAACAUCCCGUCCCGUCAGGGAAUGUCGAGGAGGCUGUUGAACUAUUGUUUGGCGACUCACAAAACGAAAAUGCCAUACAGGCUGCAGAUGCUCAGGAGGAGAUUGAACUACUCAACGGACAGUCUGGGUCAGACGAAACUGAUCAUAUAAUUGAAAUUAUAACAGACUACGAAUGUGUUACCUGUCGCCGUAUAUUCAAAUCAGAAGAUUUGCUAAAGGAUCAUUUGGAUGUAUGUCGAGACGAGGAUGACCGUUCAGAUGCUUUAGAAAUCGGACAAAUAACUGGCUAUGAUUCAGACGACGAAGAGUACGUCGAAGAACCAGAUGACGUCAGCCAAAUUUCAGAUGGCGGCAAUACACCAAGAAACAACAAUCUUGCAGCAGCGAUAAAACCUGUGUCCGUCGACAAGUGUCAUUGUUGUGGAGAGGAUUCAUUAACGGCACAUACUGACGGAUGUUUGAAGUGCGACCACUGUGAAUUUUCUUUCAAAAAACUUUCUGCCCUGGAAAGGCACAUGGUUGUGGUUCAUUGGAUACAACAAAAUUUCACUUGCAAAGUGUGCGACCUUGCAUUUGCCAAUAAGAAAAGCCUAACCAAGCAUCAUUACACUGUUCAUGCGAAACAUCAAGUCUUUAAGUGUGAACGUUGUGACAAAUAUUUUUCAAGAAAGUAUCAUUUGGAUAGACACGUUAUGCAAACUGGUUGCGACGGUGUAUCUCGUGCUGGUUUUGCUUGCCAAGUUUGUCAUAAGGAAUUCACGCGCAAAGAUAACUUACGAGAACACUUGCGUAUGCAUGCAGGAGCGCCGCAGAGGCAGAAGAAACAGGCAUGUGCACAUUGUCCAAAAAAAUUUUACACAAAUCAACAAUUAGUCAUUCAUGAGCGUACGCAUACAGGAGAACGCCCAGUUGCGUGCGAUCUGUGUCAAAAGAGUUUUCAGUCUCUUCCAGCCAUGAAAAAACAUCGACGUGUUCACACAGGCGAGAAACCAUUCCAGUGCAAAUUUUGUGACAAAAGAUUUGCGGCACGUGAAACUUUGAAUCGCCAUCAUCGUACACACACGGGAGAUAAACCACAUGUAUGUCAGUAUUGUGGUAAAACAUUCAUACAAGCAGUCCAACUGCGGGCGCACGUAUUUCAUCAUACAGGAGAACAUGCAUUUUACUGUGACGUUUGCGGUAAAGCCUUUAAUCGCAAAACUAGACUAACCGUACACAUGAGAUUCGUUCAUCAAGGAGCUGCACCAUUCGAGUGUGACUUGUGCAAGAAAGCUUUCAUCCGUAAAGAAGACCUUUCAAGACAUUACGUUCUUCAUACUGGAGUUAAACCACACAAAUGUGACAAAUGUUCGAAGAGAUUUGCGGUCAAGUCCGCAUUGCGUGUUCACAUGAAUACGCAUAGACGUGAGAUGCCACAGUCUUGCGAUGAAUGCGGACGUGCGUUUAUUAGACAAGAUUGCCUGAUGCGGCACAUGCGGACAAAGCAUCGAGACAUGCUGGAAGAUGCUAUGGCAGAAGCUGAAAAACGUCGCUUGCAGGAACAGUUAUGUAAAAUUGCCUCUAGCGCAGCUGCAAAGACAAAAAGUGUCGGAGCGAAUGUUACUCUAUCUCAAGAUAAAUUACUCAAAGCUAUUGUUGAUCUACUAUCCUUGCUUGUUGAAGAAGAAACAUUACAGGCAUUCGGUUGGCCCAAAGCACCAAUUCAAGACGUCCUGGAAGCUGUAAUUAAGCGUUGUGGUCAUCAACCCAUUCCAUCGGAUAGUGAUUUACUAUUUGCUCAGCGUUUGAGAGAGAAUGUAAAGAUAUUAUUCACAGUUGUAAUCGAAGAUGAAACUGUUAAAUCAUUAUUGACAUCACAAACUGUUGAUGAGGUAAUAUUACAUGUUUUAAAGUUAUCCAAAGAAAAGUAGGUAAUACGAUGGUUCAAAAAAAUAUCGAUCAGACGUCAUAGAUUGCUUGAAUUAUUCAGUACUUUCAUACUUAACUGUUUUUUGUGACCCUCGUUUAACAAGCUUAGUUACGUGCGAUCGUUAUAGAACAACAAUUUUCAACGAAUCAAUUUCUCUACCAUUUCGAACCAAGGUGCACUUUUUAGUAUGUUAUAGACAUCCGUGUAAAAAUAAGUAUGAUAGUCGUGAUGAUUUUGGACAAAUAUAGUGAUUUUAACUAUCAUUGCAAGCAAUACCAAGUUGUAAACGAUAAAUGAAAAUUGUUUCCUAAACAUGACAGCAAGAUUUUGCUAAUAAUUAACAAUUUCUGAGAUUUGCACCCACCACAAUUUAUAAAUUGGCAUGGUACUCUAUUUACGUACAGUACAAUAGCCAGCUACUCUUUAGUUCAGGAAUAUAUUAGUAGUCACUCUGUACAUUGCGUAAAGUAAAAAUCUUUACAUUUGUUUCAGAAUACGAAAACUUCGUAUUCUGUAAUGCCAUCGGUAUUAAAUUUAUCUACGUUUAUUGAGAGAAUAAUGAAAUUUACGAUAAACUCAUAAAUAGGCGUGUCAGAUUAUCUAAAAGCCACACAAAUACUCUAAUAGAAUGAUUAUAGGUUUUCACUAUUUGAAGGCUUGUAUUGAAUUAUUUUUGUUUGUUUUGUUUUGUAUUGAAACGUGAUUGUAAGUAACAAUAACAAGGUUAAUUGUAACCGGAAAAAAUGCGUGUGGAAUUAAAUAAUAUGGCAGUGGAAGCAUUGAUGUUAAAACAACACUAAUUCUUCCUUCCCAUUUCUUACUGAAUUUUUGAAAUCACUGUUAUUUGUUCUUAAUACGUUAUUGGUUAUUGGGAUUUUUUGACCAAAUUAAUUAUAGGAAGACAUAAAUUCAGUUAUUAGGUGCUUUCGUAUAUUGAAUUUGCGAUUUGACAUUAAUUCAUAAAUCCACUUAUUAGAUUGUUACUUUUUGUAGUUAUCUAAUAUUUAAAAAAAUUUUUGAAAGGACAGAAAAAAAAAUAAAGAAAUUAGUAUUAAGAUGAAUUCAAGCGACUAAAAAUGAAGUAAGGUAAGAUCAAUGCUUACAGAUAGAAGUAUGUUUCGUUCAGGAUUUGGGAUAAAUAUGUAUAAUGGAUUACAAAGGGAAUUUGCAAAUUUAAUCAGCUUAGUUAAUUGAUUGCCAGAAUACAACAAAACCGAUCAAUUGAAGAAGAUAGAUUUCUAUUUGGCGAAAGAGUAAAAACAGCUUUGAUUUUUUCAUGGGUAGUGCCUUCAAUCUUUGUUACUUAAAUCAUGUAGUGAUAUAAAAGUCAUCUCAUAAUACAAAAGACCUUAAACACAUAACAACUACGCCGAGAUGAUCGGGCAACCCUUACCUUUGAUCCCCAAUUAAAGAUAGACGGCUUUGGCAACUGGCAACUUUUCUCUACAUAUGAUGUAACAAUGUUAUAUUUCCACCAUUAAACAUUUUAAUUUCAUUAGUUAUAACUUGUUUUGUACCUAACAGUUCCAGCUAUUCUUUCUUAGAUUUUAAAUAAACUUGACUAAUCAUAUAGAUAGUUGAGACAAUUGACCAAGAUUUACCAUUUGAAUUACCUAUCAUGGAUUGCUUGCUGAUUAAUCGUAUAAGAAUUGCUACUACUUUAAAUGAGAAUUAUUCCGUUAAUUAAUCUGCAAGCUAUGUGGUCUCAUUAUUACUAUUUUUAUUACCAAUUGUUUUAAGAUUGCACCUCAUGUAAUAAUUAUUUUUUAACAAUAAAAUGAUGUUCAAAUAUUUUUAUUAGCUUUUCCGCUACCAAUCAGUUACAUUUAAAUACCUAACUGUGUACAAACCCUCAACUUUUCAGGAUAGGAAUAGGAUUUAUUACAAAUCGGUAAACUGGUAAAGAAAGUUCACAGUAAAGUUUAACUCCAGUUCACUUAUGGUACCAAAACAUUCCAUUCUCAUAGCUAUAGUCCGUUUUAUAAGAGUUCAUUGACAUGGAUGAUAAUUUGGGAUAUUUGGUAAGCGGAAAGUUAGGUGAAUAUUUGAUUAGUUUUAAACUUCAUUUCCCAUGAAUAGGUGUGAAAUAAAAUUAAGAAAUUCAUGUUGUUUUACAGUUUCAGAAAAUCAGCAGCUUUUAAUACUCCUAUGUCCUUGUCACUCAAUACAACUAACUAGCUCAAAUUUCUUUACGAUUCAAGCAUCUAUACAUACAGUAUAAUAUAACUGUAAUUCAAAUAUUCAGCAAUUUGGUGGUGGAGGAACACCAUGAGGCACCAGUGGCAUGUUCACUCCAAGACACUUUUCUUGGCCAUCAAGAGCUUUGGUUUUGUAUCUAUAAGUUUACACACUUCUCAAUAGCGAGAGGAACAAAAAAAAAAUUCGACAAUUCACAUUAA